UAAAACAGCAAGCAUUUUCCACCGUUCCUUCUACCAAACACUCACACACUCAUCAACUCACUCAUUCUACCAAAACACUCUCACACACUCAUAUCAACUCACAAGCAACGCUCCAUUUCAUCAUUUAUAUAUAAACAACCCCACGAAGUUAAAACCAAAACACCUCCAAUUAAAGACGUCACCCGCCCCAAACGUACUUCCCAACUGUCUUGUCACCUCCCAAAAAAUUCUCCUUUUUUCUCCACAAAUAAAUAAAGAAAUAAUAAAUAGAUAUUUAAAAAAUAAAAAAACAAAAAAAAAUGGACGCCGUCCAGAUCUCCCUCGCCGUCGUCCUAAUCCUCCUCCCCGUCGCCCUCCUCUCGACCCUAGCUCGCAAACGCCGCCGCGGGCCGCCUCUCCCUCCCGGCCCCCUGGCCCUCCCCAUCAUUGGCCAUCUCCACCUCCUGGGCCCCCACCUGCACCAGACCUUCCACGAGCUCGGCAGGCGGCACGGCACCCUGUUCCAGCUCCGGCUGGGCUCCGUCUUCUGCGUCGUGGCCUCCACCCCGGAGCUCGCCCGCGAGUUCCUCAAGACCCACGAGAUCGUGUUCUCCAACCGCAAGCACUCCACCGCCAUCGACGUCGUCACUUACGAGUCCUCCUUUGCAUUCUCCCCCUAUGGGCCCUACUGGAAAUACAUCAAGAAGCUCUGCACCUACGAGCUCUUGGGCGCCCGCAACCUGAGCCACUUCCAGCCCGUCCGUACUAUGGAGGUCCGCGCCUUUCUCCAAAUCCUCAUGGGUAAGGCCGAAUUAGGGGAAAUUGUCAAUGUCACCGAGGAGCUCGUCAAAUUGGCCAGCAACGUCAUCUCCCACAUGAUGCUCAGCAUUCGGUGCUCCGGGACAGAGGGGGACGCGGAGGCCGCCCGGACUGUGAUUCGACAGGUGACGCAGAUUUUCGGGGAGUUUGACGUGGCAGAUUUGAUCUGGUUCUUCAAGAAUUUGGAUCUGCAGGGGAUUAGGAAGAGGUCGGAGGAUAUUCAGAGGAGGUACGAUGCCCUGCUGGAGAAGAUUAUUAGUGACAGGGAAGAGGAGCGGCGGAGCCACGGCAGAGGAGAGGAGGCGAGGGAUUUUUUGGAUAUGUUCCUCGAUGUGAUGGAAGGCGGCAAGGCGGAGGUGAACUUUACCAGAGAACAUCUCAAGGCUUUGAUUCUGGAUUUUUUCACGGCGGGUACGGAUACAACAGCCAUUGCGACUGAGUGGGCCAUAGCUGAGCUCAUCAACAACCCUGAUGUGCUCAAGAAGGCCCAGAACGAGAUUGACCAAGUGGUGGGCCUUGACCGGCUGGUUGAGGAGUCGGACUGGCCCAAUCUGCCCUACCUUCAAGCAGUGGUGAAGGAGAUGUUCCGUCUCCACCCACCCAUCCCAAUGAUUUCAAGGAAGUCCGUCUCUGACUCUGUGGUGGGGGGGCACUCCAUCCCUGCCAACUCCCUCCUUUUCGUCAACAUCUGGUCCAUGGGGAGGAACCCCAACUACUGGGAGGACCCAAUGCAGUUCCGGCCCGAGAGGUUUAUCGGGAGCUCCAUAGACAUCAAGGGGCAGCACUUUGAGCUCCUGCCUUUCGGGACGGGCAGGAGGGGCUGCCCGGGGAUGCUGCUCGCCAUACAGGAGCUCAUCGUUAUUAUUGGGACAAUGGUGCAGUGCUUUGACUGGAGGUUGCCCGAGGGGUGCGGGAAAGUCGACAUGACCGAGCGCCUCGGAUUGACAGCUCCACGGGCUAACGACCUCGUCUGCAGGGUGGUGCCUAGGGUUUCCCCAGAGACUCUUUCCGAGCACUGAACGGCGGAAGGGGGAUUAUUUUGUUUGCUUUAUAAAUAAAUAAUUGUGUACCCUUGGUAUAUUAAUUGAGAUGAUACUGUUUGUUAUGAUUAGUUAAUUAUUUUUGUUGUGUUAAUAAAAAUUGGUUGUUGAGGCUCAAUGAUGAAUUGAUCCAUGGGGGUUAGCUGGAUAUGAUUUGGGUUUUCUGCGGCACAAACUCUCUACACGACGCGACAGAUGAUAAGUAAUUUGUGCGGAUACAAGGGAGAGAUCCACAUGGUAAUUAAAGAUCCGGUGUUUUGAGUUGGGUGGUACAAUGUCUGAUUUUAAUGUUUCCUUUGUUAGUUCUUUUUAGUUUCUGAACUUUGUUGUGUUGGGCUCCUAUUCUUUUCCUGUAUAGGGUUAGGUUAGUAGCCUUUCUCGAGCCUCUUGGGACUAUUGUUGUAUUACCAAGUUGAUUUUAGUCGUUUGACUACCCUUGUACUCUUGUUUAUUGAGUUCUAUACUAGGGCUGAGCACGGGUCGGUUCGGUUCGGAGAUCUAGAAAUCUUCGGAACCGAACCGGUUCUAACAAAUCUCCGAACCGAACCGAACCAAAUUUCGGUUCGGUUCGGUUCGGUUCCGAGAUUCGGUUCUAAUGGGUCGGUUUGGUACGGAUCGGAGAUUUCAGAGAUUUCAG